UGUUUCUUUCGAAGUAAACUAUCAUAUCAAAAAUUCAUUUUUUGUCAAAACAGUGACAGAUAAUUAUGGCGUCUAAAGUUACUUUUAAAAUAACUCUUACCUCUGAUCCAAAACUUCCAUUUAAAGUACUUAGUGUACCAGAUAAUACACCUUUCACUGCUGUUUUAAAAUUUGCUGCUGAAGAAUUUAAAGUAUCUCCAUCAACAUCUGCAAUAAUCACAGAUGAUGGAAUAGGAAUUAAUCCACAGCAAACAGCAGGAAACAUUUUUCUUAAACAUGGCUCUGAACUCAGAUUAAUUCCUAGAGAUCGUGUUGGAUAUGGUAGAUGAUUUGCACAAGUUCUCAUAAUUCAAUACAUUGAUUUUUCAAAAUUUUCAUCUAUAUAUAAAUUAUU